GAGGGGACCGAGGCGGCGGCCAUGGCGACCCCCGGCAACCUGGCGUCCGUCCUGGCGAGCAAGACCAAGACCAAGAAGAAGCACUUCGUAGCGCAGAAAGUGAAGCUGUUCCGGGCCAGCGACCCGCUGCUCAGCGUGCUGAUGUGGGGGGUGAACCACUCGAUCAAUGAACUGAGCCACGUCCAAAUUCCUGUUAUGUUGAUGCCAGACGACUUCAAAGCCUAUUCAAAGAUAAAGGUGGACAAUCACCUUUUCAACAAAGAAAACAUGCCGAGCCACUUCAAGUUCAAGGAGUACUGCCCGAUGGUUUUCCGAAAUCUGCGGGAGAGGUUUGGGAUCGACGACCAGGAUUUCCAGAAUUCCUUGACCAGAAGUGCACCUCUUCCCAACGACUCGCAGGCACGCAGUGGGGCUCGUUUCCACACCUCCUACGACAAGAGGUACGUCAUCAAGACCAUCACCAGCGAGGACGUGGCUGAGAUGCACAACAUCCUGAAGAAGUACCACCAGUAUAUAGUAGAAUGUCAUGGGGUCACCCUUCUUCCCCAGUUCUUGGGCAUGUACCGGCUUAAUGUUGAUGGAGUUGAAAUAUACGUGAUUGUGACAAGAAAUGUGUUCAGCCACCGUUUAUCUGUAUAUAGGAAAUACGACUUAAAGGGCUCUACAGUAGCCAGAGAAGCCAGUGACAAAGAGAAGGCCAAAGAACUGCCAACGUUGAAGGAUAAUGAUUUCAUUAAUGAGGGCCAAAAGAUCUAUAUUGAUGAUAACAACAAGAAAGUAUUCCUGGAAAAACUGAAAAAGGAUGUUGAGUUUCUUGCCCAGCUGAAGCUCAUGGACUACAGCCUCCUGGUGGGAAUCCACGAUGUGGAGAGAGCAGAGCAAGAGGAGGUGGAGUGUGAGGAGAACGACGGGGAGGAGGAGGGGGAGAGCGACGGCACCCACCCGGUGGGGACCCCUCCUGACAGUCCUGGAAACACGCUGAACAGCUCGCCACCCUUGGCUCCGGGGGAGUUCGAUCCCAGCAUCGAUGUAUACGGAAUCAAAUGCCAUGAAAACUCGCCCAGGAAGGAGGUGUACUUCAUGGCCAUCAUUGACAUUCUCACGCACUAUGAUGCAAAAAAGAAGGCCGCCCACGCUGCGAAGACAGUCAAGCAUGGCGCUGGAGCGGAGAUCUCAACCGUGAACCCAGAACAGUAUUCAAAGCGCUUUUUGGACUUUAUUGGCCACAUCUUGACGUAACCUCCCGCGAAGCCUCGGACAGACGUGAGCGUGGGAAGGACAGAGGUGGCUUCGGUAUAGGAAAAGUGAAAACCAAACUCAAUGAAGCACUCGUCUUGCAGGAAGCAAACCUCCUUGUUUACAUCUUCAGGCCAAGAUGACUGAUUUGGGGGCUUAUCGCUUUAACAGCUACUUGAUAUUUCCCACCAUCAUUUAGCUAUUUCUGACGCGCGUGUGUGUACUUCUGUGUGCGUGUGUGUGCGUGCGUCUGUGCGUGCCCGCAUUUUAAAAUAAUUAAUUAAUUAAAACGGAUCAGCUUCGGUCAGAAUGUGUUACAACAAAAACCCUCUGAUUCCAGCUGCGGCUGAAUGAGUGAACGAAUGAAUGAGCAUAUGUGGGGGGAGAGGAGGACGUGCAUGUCAGACCAACCACGUCGACACCACGCAAUAAACUGUGGAUCAGUUUAUUAUGUUUUUUUUUUUUAUUUUUAGUUGAAAGAUGACAAGACAGUAUUCAUAAUAAUAAUGAAGAUAAUAAUAAUGAUAAUAAUACUGAUGAUGAAGAAGAAGAGAGGAAAAUAAACUUAACUACAAAUGUCACACUUCUACCCCGCACGCAGACACUCCUUAAUCGUUGUAACCCAGGCCCCCAACGCUAGACAGAAGAAUGCUGACUUCUCCGCGUGCACCGGUUCUGGAUCCUGUCCCCACCAGCGUCAGGACCCCCAGUGUCCCGGAGCAACCACUCCUCCUCUGACAAGAAGCGGACGCCCCAGUGACUCUGUCUACAUCUUCACCACAGCCCAUGCGUGCAGGAAAACUGCUUGCCUCUCUUUCCUCGCCUGGAGUCUCUUCAUUGUUACACCCUUCUGUUGCAGUGUAGGAAUUAAUGCUCUAAAAAUACAAAUAAAGCUGACCUGAAAUGUGCAUAGUUUGGGGCAAUGGCAUCUCUCUCCCCUGUAGUGGGAAAAUAAGCAAAGCGUUAAAACUCUGAAUUCUCCUGUCAGUGAACGCAAAUCUGAAUUAUAAGAUGUUUCUGUUGGAUCCCUGCUUACUCAGCAAUAUUAUGUAAUGAAUUAGCCCUUACCUGAAACCUUCAGUUUUACUGUUUACAUUAUUAGGAAAACAGGGAAAUUUUUGAAUCUUCAAAAUUUAAUGUACAGCGUGUGAUUUCUGAAGUUUACAUGUAAAGUCAUUCACGGUGUAGGUGACGUGUGUUUGUCAUAGUUUGAGAUGUAUCCUGCAGGUAUGUGUUCAAGUGAAUGUUUUAUUCAAAGUCUUCUAGGCAGUCCUUUACAAUAAAAGGAAAAGGAGUGUUUGAUCCACCCCCCCCAAUACAUUUACCAACUUACUGAUGUUUUUAGGAGAUUUAACCUGAAUCUGGUUAUGUAAGUUCAUUGCCCUAAACUGUGCUGAUUGCAUUUAAUCAAGUUAUAAAUUUCCAACAUUGACCAUGUACCUACCUACCAGCUCUCCUGCAUUUUUGGAAAGGCGUCAAGCUAAAAUCUUAGGCUCACUUAGGUUAUCAACUUAUACGCUGUGCGCAAGCCGUGCCUUUGAAAUUGUGUUUAAAACAUGAGAUGGUUUCUGUAGGCAGUUCUAGAAAAGGGAAAGAAAAAGCUACUCUUCGGUAAUUACUUACAGCUCUGCAAAUCCGCCCGCCAUCCUGCCUUUCUCAGUAACUUUACUUCAGGGCUGGCCGGAUGGUCGCCACGCUCAGCGGGUGUGGGCAUGCCCUAUGGUGUCGGGAGGCCUCAGCAACGCCAACCCUAGGACGUCUGAUGACUUUACAGAUUUGGUUAUCAACAGCGGAUGAUAACACCACUGUAACAUAGUUGUACAAAUCUGUAUUUUCUGUAUUUAAAAUAAUCAAUACUGUGAUUUGGAUCCUCCCAUCCACUUCCAUUCAUUCUGGCAUUGGAUCAGUUUCAGGUUCUGAAGUUCUCUUGUGUCUUCGUCCUCAGACUGCAAGAGUGAGACCCUGAAGUAAGGAGAAGGAACGUGUGCAUUAUUCCAGUCAUUCCUUCUUUCCUCUGUGGCCAAUCUGUGUAUGCUUUUAGAAGUUUACAAAAUGCUUUAUUUUUGUCACGAGCUGUUUCUGUCUUUGUUUCUGUUGAGAAGCUCUGGACAGAGUGAAAACGUUUGCCUUGUAUCUCCUCGUGCUAACCGUACACUCCAGUCAUGAGCCGGGCUUUACGAAAUAAAGCACUUUGACUCACAAAGUGAA